AUGCCGCGUCCAAGGCGGCGCGACUUGCCGCUUGCACAGCAACUCCUAGCACCCACCGGCCCAAUCAGUUCGCGCACAACUUGGCCCCUUGCAUCCAAAGCUGAGCCGGAAGUGAUCCUUCUCCCGUCCCUCUUCCCUCACCCUUCAGAAGAGGGGGCGUCGGUCUCCGACCUCCACGAUAGAAUCUACCACCUCAUCGCCCUCGCACUCCGCGCCUACAUCCAACAAUGGUAUGGCCGGUUGAGCCGCGAUACAGCCCUCCUUCCGGCCAUCAAUAGGGACAUUGUUGCCCCAGUAGCCCGCAGCCUCACACUCGACCGUGACCGUCUGCAUACUUUACUCCUCUCCCACCUCCCCACCCUACUGGCAACACACCUGCACACCCUUUCCUCUGCUCAUGGAUCGUCUCUCGCAUCCGUCCCAGAGGCAUAUCACGCCCGCCUACCGCUGCGUGUCGUCACCCUCGCUCCAGCCCCCAUCUCCUCCCAUCCAGAAGAAGAAUACGCCCUCAACCCCGCGUACCUCACCGCUCUAGCCGACGCGCUCCUUGCGCACGCCCUCCCACCACUAGAGUAUGAGGCGGAUGCGCAACGGCUCAUCGUGCGUGAAGUCGUCGCUCGCUCGGUCCUAGGCGGCGUGGGGAAACGUCUCGUAGCGCCGUGGUUCUGGGCUGAGCUCCUCCUCAAACACCUCGACAAGCCCGCCCUCCCAUCUACACCAUCUCUGCCGACCAAAGGUUUGCCAGCGAAACUCGGUGCCCACGCCGCAUACGUCCUUGACGCCGUUUUAUAUGUGUGGACGUGCCUCCUUGCCUUCGUCACAUUGCUUUGGAACGGCGCAAUCUUCCUCACUGCAGCUUGGAGUGGUGCGCCGCCUCCCACGAAGAACCACGUCCUCGAUCCCUGGGUCGUACUCUUGCGCGAGAGUGCACUCUUCCUCUCCCCCGCCCCUCGACUAGGGCUCAGAUUGACACUCGGCGCUGUCGAUGUCCUUGCUACUCUGUUUGGACCCGCGGCCGACCGUUUGGCACCGUACCUCCUCGACUUGCUUCUUACGCCUGAGAUGGGGGUCAAGGUCGUCGCGCUGCUCGAACGCGUGCUCUUCCCUGAUGGAUGGCCCGGUCCGCCGCCAGUCGAGCCGAGUGCGGACGAAGCGGACGUCAUGAAGGAGCGGUUGAGGGAGAUCUUGAGGAGACGUGGUGGCAUGGGACUCGGACUGGAUUUGGGGAGGGCAGUAGACAUGCUUGGCGACGCGGGGUGUAAUGCCCACCUCGUGGGGAUGGUUUACGAUGCUGCCGUGCUCGCGCUCGUGCCCGAGCUCGCGGCUGAUGCGGAGCCAGCAGGACCCGGGAUGAGGGAAGAGAAGGCCAACAGGCCGCCAUUAGAAAACAGAUCCAUGCCUGAGAUAAGACUAAACUUCACUUAA